CCGUCCUGAGCGCUCCCUCUCCCCGGACCCCCCACCAGACCUGCACACCUCGCUGUCCUCCUCCUGAUCACUAUCUCCUCCUGAAGCUCAUCCCAACGCCCCGUGCGUGUGCGUGGUUGCGUGCGUGCGUGCGUGGCUCCUGACGACAGGACAGCCAUGGAGGACGGGAAGCCCGUGUGGGCGCCCCACCCCACCAACGGCUUCCAGCUGGCCAUGAUCGUGGACAUAGGAGCCGACUCGCUCACCGUAGAGCCGCUCACUCAGCGGAGCAAGCCCUUUCUGGCGCAGAUGAGCCAAGUGUUCCCAGCAGAGGAGGAUGUGAAUAAACACGUUGAAGACAACUGCUCCUUGAUGUACCUGAACGAAGGCACUUUACUCAACAACGUCCGCAUCCGCUACAGCAAAGACCACAUCUAUACCUAUGUGGCCAACAUCUUAAUAGCUGUGAACCCAUACUUUGACAUCGCUAAGAUGUAUGCUCCAGAGACCAUCAAGUCAUACCAGGGGAAGUCUCUGGGGACCCUUCCACCGCACGUCUUCGCCAUCGCGGAUAAGGCCUUCAGAGACAUGAAGGUUCUGAAGAUGAGCCAGUCCAUCAUUGUCUCUGGGGAGUCCGGCGCUGGGAAGACGGAGAACACCAAGUUUGUUCUGAGAUAUUUGACAACGACCUACGGAACCGGUCAAGACAUUGACGAAAGGAUUGUGGAAGCCAAUCCACUCCUCGAGGCCUUCGGGAACGCCAAAACAGUCCGGAACAACAACAGCAGCCGCUUCGGGAAGUUUGUGGAAAUCCACUUUAAUGAGAAGAAUACGGUGGUGGGGGGGUUCGUGUCGCACUACCUGCUGGAGAAGUCAAGGAUCUGCAUGCAGAGCAAGGAGGAGAGGAACUACCACAUCUUCUACCGGCUGUGUGCCGGCGCCUCCGACGACAUCAAGAAGAAGCUCCACCUGGACUCCCCGGACCUCUUCAGGUAUCUCAACAGAGGCUGCACACGCUACUUCGCCAACAAUGAGUCUGAGAGACAAAUCACACAGAACCGCAAGAGUCCGGAGGAAGACCAGCACGCUAAGCGGGGGCCCCUGAAGGACCCGCUGCUGGACGAUAAGGGGGACUUUGAGCGGAUGUGCGAGGCCAUGAAGCGCAUCGGCCUGGACGACACAGAGAAGCUGAACCUCUUCAGGGUGGUGGCCGGGGUGCUGCACCUCGGGAACCUGGACUUUGAGGAGACCGGGAGCUCCUCUGGUGGCUGUAUCCUGCAGGACCAGUCCUCCCAGACGUUGCAGUGCUGCGCUGAGCUGCUGGGAUUGGACGAGGAAGACCUGCGGGUCAGCCUCACCUCCAGGGUCAUGCUCACCACCGCAGGGGGCGCCAAAGGCACAGUCAUCAAGGUCCCCUUGAAGGUGGAGCAGGCCAACUCCGCCCGGGACGCCCUGGCCAAGGCGGUGUACAGCCGGCUGUUCGACCACGUGGUCAAACGGGUCAACCAGUGCUUCCCCUUCAGUGCCUCCUGCAGCUUCAUUGGGGUGCUGGACAUCGCCGGCUUCGAGUAUUUUGAACACAACAGCUUUGAGCAGUUCUGUAUCAACUACUGCAACGAGAAGCUGCAGCAGUUCUUCAACGAGCGGAUCCUCAAGGAGGAACAAGAGCUGUACCAGAAGGAGGGUCUAGGGGUGAACGAGGUUCACUACGUGGACAACCAGGACUGCAUCGACCUGGUGGAGGCGAAGCUGGUGGGGAUCCUGGACAUACUGGACGAGGAGAACCGCCUUCCUCAGCCCAGUGAUCAGCACUUUGCUGUGGCGGUUCACAGCAAGCACAACAAACACUUCAGACUGACAGUUCCUCGUAAGUCCAAGCUGGCCGUUCACAGGAACGUCCGCGAUGACGAGGGCUUCAUCGUCAGGCACUUUGCCGGAGCAGUCUGCUAUGAGACGAAACGCUUCGUGGAGAAGAACAACGACGCGCUGCACAUGUCCCUGGAGUGUCUGGUUUCCGAGUCGAAGGACAACUUUGUGCGCGAGCUGUUCGAGAACAACGCCAAGGACUCCAAGCAGAAGGCCGGCAAGCUGAGCUUCAUCAGCGUGGGGAAUAAAUUCAAGACCCAGCUGAACCUGCUCCUGGAGAAGCUCCGGAGCACGGGCUCCAGCUUCAUUCGCUGCGUGAAGCCCAACCUGAAGAUGGUCAGCCACCAGUUUGAGGGAGCGCAGAUCCUCUCCCAGCUGCAGUGUUCUGGCAUGGUGUCGGUGCUGGACCUCAUGCAGGGGGGCUUCCCCUCGCGGGCCCCCUUCCAUGAACUCUACAACAUGUACAAGCGCUACAUGCCGGCCAAGCUCACGCGCCUGGACCCCCGGCUCUUCUGCAAGGCCUUGUUCAAAGCUCUGGGGCUGAACGCAAAUGACUACAAGUUUGGACUCACCAGAGUGUUCUUCCGCCCAGGGAAGUUUGCAGAGUUUGACCAGAUCAUGAAGUCGGACCCUGAUCACCUCGCUGAGCUGGUGAAGAAGGUGAACCAGUGGCUGAUCUGCAGUCGGUGGAGGAAGGUGCAGUGGUGCACACUGUCCGUUAUCAAACUCAGGAACAAGAUGCGGUGCAGAGCCGCGGCCUGCAUCAAGAUCCAAAAGAGUGUGCGCAUGUGGCUCUGCAAGAAGAAACACAAGGCCCGCAUCGACGGCUUGGUAAAGGUGAGGAACCUGCAGCAGCGUAUGGACCGCUUCAACGAGGCGGUGGGCGGGCUGAAGGAGGGGAAGCAGGAGAUGGCCAAGCAGAUCCAGCAGCUGGCCGCAGCCAUUGAGGCCCUGAUCACAAAGAUCAAGGCCACGGCGAUGACCAGGCAGGCCAUCGACGCCGAGUACCAGGCGCUGGUGAAGCUGGCGGCCGAGCUGCUGUCCUCCAUGCAGAAGAAGAAACAGGAGGAGGAGGAGAGGGAGAGGCUGAAGCACAUCGAGGAGGACAUGGAGAAGGAGAGGAGGAGGAGGGAAGAGGAGGAUCAGAAGCGCAGCCAGGAGCAGGAGGAUAGACGCACGAAGGCGGAGAUGGAGCUGAAGAGGAAGCAGGAGGAGGAGGAGAGGAAGAAGAGGAAGAACGAGGAGAAGGUCACCCAGGCGGAGCUGGAGGCCCAGCUGCUGUUGGACCGGGAGGAGCAGGCCCAGUGUGUGGUGAUGGUGGAGCAGGAGCGCCGCGACCGGGAGCUCGCCAUGAGGAUCGCUCAGAGCGAGGCGGAGCUCAUCACCGAGGAGGGACAGCUGGACGCCAGCCUGCGGAGUCAGGAGUAUUUCUUAGGUCUGCCUAUAUCUUCAUCCUCAGCCAGGUUCAUGGGUCCUCAGGUCCAGGCCACUAAAGCCGCCGCCGGCGUCAAGAAGUACGACCUCAGCAAGUGGAAGUACGCCGAGCUGCGUGAUGUCAUCAACACAUCCUGUGACAUCGACCUGCUGGCCGCCUGCAGGGAGGAGUUCCACCGCCGGCUGAAGGUCUACCACGCCUGGAAGUCCAAGAACAGGAAGAGGACCGACGAGGACGACAACCAGCGGGCCCCCAAGUCUGAACAGAACCCGGGGCCUGCUGCCACCGCCGCGCCACAGGAAGUGACCAUGAACCGGCAGCAGCGCUACUUCCGCAUCCCGUUCAAGCGGCCGGCAGACCAGUACAAGGACCCCCAGAACAAGAAGAAGGGCUGGUGGUACGCACACUUCGACGGGCCCUGGAUCGCACGCCAGAUGGAGCUGAACCCCGACAUGGGGCCCAUCUUGCUGGUGGCCGGGAAGGAUGACAUGGAGAUGUGUGAGCUGAGCCUGGAGGAGACGGGUCUGACCAGGAAGCGUGGCGCUGAGAUCCUCCCGCAGCAGUAUGAGGAGAUCUGGGAGCGCUGCGGCGGCAUCCAGUACCUGAGGAGCGCCAUCGAGAGCAAGCAGGCGCGGCCCACCUACGCCACCGCCAUGCUCCAGAACCCCCCAACUGAACAGAACUCGGGGCCUGCUGCCACCGCCGCGCCACAGGAAGUGACCAUGAACCGGCAGCAGCGCUACUUCCGCAUCCCGAUCAAGCGGCCGGCAGACCAGUACAAGGACCCCCAGAACAAGAAGAAGGGCUGGUGGUACGCACACUUCGACGGGCCCUGGAUCGCACGCCAGAUGGAGCUGAACCCCGACAUGGGGCCCAUCUUGCUGGUGGCCGGGAAGGAUGACGAGGAGAUGUGUGAGCUGAGCCUGGAGGAGACGGGUCUGACCAGGAAGCGUGGCGCUGAGAUCCUCCCGCAGCAGUAUGAGGAGAUCUGGGAGCGCUGCGACGGCAUCCAAUACCUGAGGAGCGCCAUCGAGAGCAAGCAGGCGCGGCCCACCUACGCCACCGCCAUGCUCCAGAACCUGCUCAAAUAACCAGAGGACCAGAACCCGCUCAGAUGAACCAGAACACCAGAUCCUGCUCAGAUAAACCAGAACCUGCUCAAAUGAACCAGAGAAGAAACACACUGACACACACUGAACACACACUGACACACACAGACACACACGGGGUACUGCGGGGAGAUAUGCUGAACACAAGAGAGUCAGAAGGGGGUUACUCUGACAGGGUCACUAUAACAAGUUGUCUUUGUUGAUUUCACUUUGGGUUUUAUUGUUUGGGUUGAGCUCAGUCUUCUUGUGGAGCAACAUCGUUGAGCAUUCCACUCUGCUUGAUGCUGUCAUGAGGCCUUCAGACUGCAGAUCACUGCACUGUUUCCCCGGUAGAACGCUGCUGUCACAUGAAGACAUGGAGCGAAUAGAUGUAGUUUUAUUUGAACUUUGUUAGAAAGUCAUAGAAAAUGUUUGAAAAUAGGGAUAAGCGAUCACAUCUCUUCUUUGGUGCAUUAAGAUGUUACUUAAACAUGACAUCUUAGAUUACAUUAUUAGACAUAAUAAUGUGAAGCAACAAAUGGAUUUAAGGAAAAGUGUUGAUUUAUGUAAACAUAUCAAUAAAGCGUUGUUGGUUUACUUUAAUUAUCAUUGUAUGCUCAUAAAGACUUCCAGAGCAGUGGUAUAUACCCAAUAUAUAUUUUCCAAUUUUGACAUAGCUGGGUCAAAAGUUGUUCUAACCAUUUUGCGUAUUUCCAUUGAAUCUGUGUCCCUUGUCCCUGUGCAUCUUUAAAUAGUAGAAGCUGCAUUAGAAGUAGUUCUGUGAAUACGUAAUGAGCCUUCUCAAAACCUGUCUAGUAUCUUUUUUUUGUAAUCACCGUUGAAUCCCGUUUGGCAGAUUGAUUUUCUUUCGUUUGUUAACAGGAAUCUUUUGUGUUUGUGUGAUUUCUCCUGGAAGUUGAUCGCUAAUUUGACCACGAGUCAUCGUCUUCAAAUUCACAUUUCUCGAACCUAUAUUGAUUUUGUGAAAGAUUUGGUUGAACUUGUAAUUGUUUCUGCUUUUCCUCUGGACUUGAAUGCCUGUCAAUGCUUGAAUUGAUUAGCAAAUAAAUACUGCAACCACAUAUUA